AUGGUGGUCAUACAACGAUGCCUUCUAGCCACACUAGCAUGUGCAAGUCUGAGCAUAGCCCAACAAUGUCCUCCAGCAAUCCAGAUCGACACCCAGCCCCAGGUGUUCGUCCUCACAGACAUCACAAACGAGCCCGAUGACAGCAUGUCCUUGGUCCGUUUGCUGCUCCACUCAGACCAGUACAACAUCACAGGAAUCGUGGCGACCACAUCAUACUGGCUCAACAGCACCGUCCGCCCUGAAGCUAUCCUCAACACCACCAGCGUCUGGGACCAAGUCGUAGAUAACCUCAACCUCCACUCAGCUGGCGAGUUCCCGACAAAGGAGUAUCUCGAGUCCAUCGUCAAAGCAGGCCACCCCAUCUACGGCACAGCAGCAAUCGGCAAACCCCUCUCCUCCGGCGCCUCCCACCUCAUCGACGUCCUAGACUCCCUCCCCUCCACCAACAUCCUCCACAUCCAAGCCUGGGGCGGCGUAAACGUCCUAGGCGAAGCCCUCGCCCACGCCCGCAACGCGCGAACCACCCUCGACCUCGAAACCUUCGUGCGCAAAAUCCGCCUCUACACCAUUAGCGACCAAGACAACGUCGGGCCCUGGAUCCGCCUGAAUUUUCCGCAAAUCCCAUACAUCGUCUCCCAACACGGCUUCAACCAAUACGACCUCGCAGCCUGGACGGGGAUGACGGCCAGCGACAAUGGCGGGAGCGAUACAGCCCUCGUCUCGCAAGAUUAUGCCACGCAAAAUCUUCAGAUCGGGCCCUUGGGCCCGUAUUAUCCUAAUAUCAAGUACUCUAUGGAAGGCGAUACGCCCACGCUCUUACAUACGAUGAACAACGGCCUCAACGGCGGCCCUUUCGAUCAUGCGGAAUGGGGAGGCUGGGGUGGGAGGUACAUUUUGCAGGAUCCGUCAAGGCAGACGAAUGUUUACAGCGAUGCGGCGGAUACGGUGAUUGGAGUUGAUAAUCAGACGCAUACGAGUAGUCAAGCGAGUAUUUGGAGGUGGAGACAGGCGUAUCAGGAUGAGAUGAGUGCGAGGGUGCAGUGGUCGAUUCGGGGGGAUUAUUUGAAUGGGAGUCAUCCUCCUGUUGUGGUUGUUAAUGGGUCCUGCGGCAGCGCUCCUAUCUCUUUUGACGUUGAUCCGCUGGAAACCAUCACGCUGGAUGGAAGCGAAACUUACGACCCUGAUAAUCGCACUUCCUCCUUAGAGUUCUCAUGGUUCCAGUACUCCGAGCCCUCAGCAACUCUAGGCGGCGCCACGGUCCCGAAGCUGAACUUCACCCUGACGGACGAGGGGCGAGUCGCGAGUAUCAAGAUGCCAAGUGCAGAGGAGGCAUGUCGAGCUCCAGAGGCCGUACAGAACGAGGGAUUGGGAAUUCAGGCUGUGUGUCAGGAGUAUCAUGUUAUACUGGAAGUGAAGGGAUCUGGGAGGCCGUUUCCGAUUAGACGGUAUAGGAUGGUGCUUUUGAAGGUGAGGAGCCCGUUGAUUGGGGAGGGAAGGAGAGGAGUGAGGAGGAGGGAUGAGCUGUGA